AGAUGCUUAACUGACAGAGCCCCCCCAGGUGCCUACCUCUUUCAAACAUCAUAGCUAUCAGAUGGAGGACAACUUAUCUAACCUGGAUUUUCUAUGGGCAAACAUGAACAGAUGGUGUGCAAAGCCAUUGUGAUUUUAAGAGAGGAAGAGAAGUGGGGGAGGAGCAGAGGGAGAGAGAGAAUCUUAAGCAGACUCCACUCCCCCCACCUACCAGAACCAAGCCCAGAGGACGUGGGGCCCGAGCUCUUGCAGCUGAAAUCAUGACCUGAGCCAAAACCAAGAGUUGGAUGCCUCACCUACUGAGCCACCCAGUCCUCCGCAGGCACAUGGCCAGGAGGAACCACACCAUCGUGACCGAGUUCUUCCUCACUGCAUUCAGCGAGCAUCCUGAGUGGGGGCUUCCUCUCUUCCUGCUGUUUUUGGGUUUUUAUGUCAUCACCUUGUUGGGGAACGCGGGGAUGGUCCUUCUGAUCCGAGUGGAUGGCCGGCUGCACACCCCGAUGUACUUCCUCCUCGGCCACCUGUCCUUCGUGGACAUCUGCUACUCGUCCACCAUCGUGCCGCAGAUGCUGGCGGUGCUGCUGCAGCGGGGGGCAGCGCUGUCCUACACCUGCUGCGCCGCUCAGUUCUUCCUCUUCACCUUCUUUGCUUCCAUCGACUGCUACCUGCUGGCUCUCAUGGCCUAUGACCGCUACGUGGCCGUGUGCCGGCCCCUGCUGUAUGUCACCAUCAUGACCGAGAAGGCGCGCUGGGGCUUCGUGGCUGGGGCUUAUGGGGCUGGUUUCUCCAGCGCCCUUGUUCGAACAGUCACAGCCUUCUCCCUCUCCUUCUGCGGGGACAACGAGAUUGACUUUAUUUUCUGUGACCUUCCCCCUCUGUUAAAGCUGACCUGUGGGGACAGCUACACCCAGGAGGUGGUCAUUGUUGUGUUUGCCAUCUUUGUCAUGCCUAUUUGUGUGGUGGCGAUCUUGGUGUCCUACCUGUUUAUUGUUGUGGCCAUCAUGAGGAUCCCCUCUGCGGGGGGCCGGGCCAAGACCUUCUCUACCUGCGCCUCUCACCUCACGGCUGUGUCCCUCUUCUUCGGCACCCUCAUCUUCAUGUACCUGCGAGGUAACGAAGACCAGCCCUCCGAGGGAGACCGAGUGGUGUCAGUGCUCUACACAGUGGUGACCCCUCUGCUGAACCCCUUCAUCUAUAGUCUGAGGAAUAAGGAAGUGAAGGAGGCGUUUAGGAAAGCUCUGAACAGGCCAAAGGCUUCUGGAAGGACCUAGAUGGACUCUUGCCAAAUAUGUCGUUCCUUCGUUUCUCCAUCCUAUCCUUAAGUAGCACCUACUUGGGGAAACUUUCCCAGGCAACUCUACUUAAAAUUGCACCCGAACUUCCCCUCUCCACUUCAUGACUUCUUAUUCUAUGAAAUACUUGCCACCAUCUGAUAUACUAUAUGCUGCAUAUUCGAUGUUGUCUCAGUCUCAACAAUUAAAAAGUAGACUACAUGAGGCGAAGCAUUUUUAUCUGUGAGAUUCAUUUCUGUGGUGUGCAGUGCCUAGCCAAGCACCUAGCACAGCACCUAGGACAGCACUUAGUAAGCACGUAA